GGCGGGGAGGGGGGGGUCGCCUUUCCCGACCAAUAGGGGACGGUUUAGUCUGGCCAGGGCUCUGCCUCGAUUGGAGUAAACGCUUGUCGCUCAGUCGAGAUUUCGGAGGUGGAGAAGGCGGCGGCGCAAAAUAGCGGCGAAAGUGGAAGUUCGCGGGGCGUUUGGGGGCGAAACUGCGCAGCGCAAAAGCCGCCGCGGGAAAGACGACGGUCGGCCAAGGAAGGACUUUGGCGGCCGCCGGAAUGGCGCAGAGGAGUCAAGAACAGAGCCUUCGGGAAGAGUUGACCUGUGCCAUCUGCUUUGAUCUCUUCCGGAACCCCGUCAUGUUGGAGUGCAUGCACCAUUUUUGUCAGGAGUGCAUCCAGAGCUAUUGGAACAGUUGCUCCGAUGUGGCCACUUGCCCCCAGUGUCGGCAAGAGUUCCCCACCCGGUCCUUCCGCCGCCAGUACCUUGUUUCUGGGGUAGUGGAAAAAGUGCGAAGGUGCAGCUCCGAAGACUACAGAAGAAAAAUGCAGAAACAUCUCCAAGAGGCACUUCGGUCUUAUCAGACUGAGCGUCAGAAACUCAUGAGAAUGAGGCAUGAAACUGAAGACAAUAUCCGCAAUCUGACGAAAACAUCUACUGAGCUCAACUCAAAGAUUCGGGCAACCUUUGAGCAUCUUCAUCGUAUCCUGGUAGAGGAGGAAAGAACUGUGAUGAUGGAACUGGCCCGGGAGGAAGAGCAGUGGUUGAUGAGACUGGAAGGAGACUCUGCACGACUAGUGGAGAGCAUCUCUGAUUUAAAGAAGAAUAUGGAGCGCAUACAGCAGAAGCUUGACCAACUGGGGAGUUCAUUGCUACUGGAGACUGAAAACAUGGCUAUUAGGCCAGCAGUACAAGUGGAGGCAUUGAGUGGUUUUAGCACAGAGCGCCACAGGGACCUGUAUGAUGGGCCCCUGCAGUACAUAUUUUGGAGAAGAAUGCUGAAAUCCAUCAGCCCAGUUCCUGCCCCUUUGACCUUGGACCCAGAAACAGCCCACCCAAAUCUCAUCCUUUCCAACGACCUGACAGCGGUGACAGAGAGUGAGAAGCGCCAGCCCGUGCCCAGAAGCCCUAGCCGGUUCUUGCAGAGUGUGAAUGUGCUGGGGAAGACAGCCUUUGAGAGCGGGAGGCAUUACUGGGAGGUCUGGGUGGGCAACAAGACCAAGUGGGAUCUGGGGGUGGCAGCGGACUCUGUGGACCGGACAGCCAGAGUCAAGCUGUGUCCAGAGAAUGGCUACUGGGCUGUACGGCUGCGAGAACCUGCUCAGUAUUGGGCCGCAGCCACUCCUUGGGUGCGCCUGGAGCCUCGCCGUUCAUUGAAGAAAGUUGGGAUCCUGUUGGACUGUGGGGCAAAUAAGGUAGCUUUCUAUGACGCUGAGGACAUGUCCUUUCUCUUCGCCUUUCACCAGGUCAGGGCAUGCAAGUUCUAUCCUUUCUUCAGCACUUGUCUCAGCAGUGGCAAGAAGAAUGCAGAACCCAUAAGGAUCUGCCGUCUGAACCUGUAAGAAUGCAGCGGAUUGCAUCCGACUGCCUUGAGCAGGAUACUGGAUCCCUUCCUGAGUGCCUGCAAUUGCAGCCUUUGCAAUCUGCUCUCAGCGCCAUUAACAAGGAACAUUUGCUUGCAUAUGUAUCUCCACUGGUUCCUCUUUGCCUCUGUGCUUAUGGGGCAUGCAGUACUUAUGUCAUAGAGUCCAUCCUGCAGAUCCCAGCUAAAACUGGGAAUUUAAAGGGGAAUUUACAAAUUUUGUGCCAAGAGAUUAUUCCUCUGAGAUGAGAAGAUAAGCACUCUUAGGGUUUUAUUUCAUAGGACCAAUACGUCUCAGAUAUGCUUUGACCAAAGAAAGUGACAAACAUGGUACGAGCAAUAAAAAUAAGAAGGCUGAUUGUUAAAAGAAAUUAUCAAAACCCUAAUACAUAUUUUUAACUGUGAGAGUAUUUCUUUUUCCCCACCCCCUCCGAUGCCUUCUGCUUGGUAGCCAUUUUUUAGUAUACAGAAGAGCCGUGUAAUUUAUGACUCGCUGUGUGGUCAUUUCAUUCAGCUGCAUGAGAAAGAUACGUGGCCCAAAUAAGUAUAAUGAUGAGCCUUUCGUGCAUAGCUAGGCAAACCCUAGGGUGGGAGAUGCACAGUCCACCACCAGGACCAUGGCUGAAGCUGUGGUAGAACCUGCUAGGACUUCCGUCAUCACCUUUGGGAGACCAGGGUUGCCCCUGUGCUAGGCAACAGAGUAGAAUUUAAUGGAGGAAGGCUUAAAUAUUCCUGGGAAAUGCUCAGUGCUUUACAAGAGAAAGUCCAUUCUAGUGGAAGAACUAUCCUACAGUGAUAAAACUGCUGAAAGAAAAGAUUACAAAAGUAUCCAAUAGCUAGAAGAUCUGGCACAGAAGUAUGUGUAUUAUUUGUCAGAGGACUUGUCUUCCAAUGAUCCUACGUGCAAGGCUGUACAGUCAACAGUUUGUUUUCAUUACAAUAAAAUGUAUAUUUUACAUUAUCACAUUAAAAAUGCUUAUCUCUA